GAGAUUUUAGUAGCGUGUCUACAACGUCAAUGCACGACAAUGUCCACAGGUUUUCCUUUUGUCAUUUUGGAUUGUGAAUAGAUGGUGAGAACUUGUAUUUUUGACACAAUGCAUUCAUUCUCCUUGUGACAGCUGUAGAAAAUUGGAAAUAAGCGAGAUUUAGAACCGAAAUCUCUAACACUUUGGAGUCUUGGAAUGAGAAAAGAAUGCAAACAAGCCAAGUGGUUGCGCCAAAGCUAUUUCUCACAGCGAUCAAGACGAUGCUUGUUUGGGGCCGCUUAUGCAUGUAAAGCAUGUCGGUGAAAAGUUUGCUUAUUAGACUGUCAACGGCGAACGCGAAGGCCCCCUGCUUAUAUUUUCUUUCUUCCUACUCCCGUGCUUGCUUGGAUGUUGGUUGAAAAACUGUUUCACGAAUGAUAUAUCACGGAGCGUAUGCGUCGAUUAGACUUUGAGUAAUUUGCCACGAAAGUAUAUCUCUCUUAGUUGUGAGUCAAAAAAUCUAUAUGUCCAUGUAAGUCAUAGCGAACACUUACAAGGAAGUGCGUGGACUUGUCGUAUCUUCGAUAGAGUUGUUACGCGAACUCGAGGGGAAAAUGUUGCCGCAGAGUGCAUCUUCACUCCAGAAGGACUGGAUGCAGAUCCUGAUCGGACUUAUUUGGUUCACUGUCAUUCUGAUCAUGUUGCUGGCUAAGAUGAAAGCGGUCCAAGAUGGGCUCUUGUUGGUCUUCUUGUGUGGUGCGACGGCUGUGCAGAAUUCCGAGACCAUAUUACCGUGGGUAACAAAGGACCAGCGAGUCGCAAGGAAUUUUACCGCACUCCAGAAGCACCUAAAAUACGAAUGUCUCUUUGUGACAGUGCUCUCGUGGGCAGUCUUGGAAUUCGUGCACACAGGAAGGACUGCAAUUCCAAGUGCCGACGGAUGGUUGUAUUUUGGCUGGACCUACCAGCUAGUAAGCCUUCUGGUUCACCUGAGGCGGCCGACGUGGCUUUUAAACCCCGUGGUUGCGCUAGGUCUCCGGCACGGCACGAGACACUUGCAAAGAGUAGUGCUCUCGGACUUGCAGAUGUGGAUGUACGUGGUUUUCGAGGUACCACGCGUUACGUUUCCUUUUAUAUAUAUGUGGACUUACAACAACUGCUCUAGCUCUAGUCUGGAGUUUUAAAUGUGAUCUCAUUCCGAACCCGAAGGGAUCGGUUGCGGUCGACGUCUCGGCUAAGAAAAUCUAAAAUCUUGUCCCUCUGAUAUUGGUCUCCGUGGAUCAUUCCCUCGCUUGGUCUCUUGGCAAGCUCAAUAUCUUUGAUUGAUGGCAAUGCUGCACCAUCUGCACUUUCACCCAGCUCUCUGAGAAGCAAGGUGUCUGGUUCAUACUUGGAGAUCAAGAACUUCACUCGUUCGGAAGAUCGGCGAUGAUCUUUAUGUAUAGCUUCAGCAUGAUGAGAAAAGUUCACGAUGGUCUUCUGACGUCCAAGGGCGAUGAAGUCCGAAGAACGCACCCAGCCAAUCUGACAGUUUCGGCCUUGCCUUUCUCGCAGACGGGAAGACGAAGGAUUGGCAAUUUUUGAGAAAAUCCGGCUCACCAAGGACCACUAACUGCCUAAACCACAUUCUACCACAGGCACUCGGAAUGUUCUUAGGACUAAUGCUUCAUUGCGUGCGGACCUCUGAUACGGAUCACUUGUCGCUCUUUCAUACUAUGGAGCCGGAUUUCAGGUCGGCGAUGGAAGUGGGCGUAGCCUCGCUCGUAAGUUACGUCAUGGUGCGCAUAACUGCGAAAAGAACAAUCGGAACCACCAAAGAAGCGUAA